AUGUCCUCUCCAUUAGAUGAAUCCUCAUCAUCAAAUCUCUUUUUCGAACGCACUCGAUCCAACAUUAAAAAGAGAGGCACCUUUUACUUUACUUCUACCCUCUCUCUUGUACUCUAUGUCAUCAUUCCCACUCUAUUAUUAUUUGCCUCCAUUCUAUAUUUGCAAUUCUCUUUUCAGGAUGAUUCACAACGAGUGAACUAUUUACAACAAGCCUUCGGAACCAAAGCUUAUUCUUUAUUGAAUCACUAUUUGGGUAAAAUUGCAAAUAUGACUGCAAGUGACGAAGAAUCCGCAUUGGAAAUGAAUGAAUCUUUAUCCAAGCGAUUGAAUAGCAUGUUCACAUUUACAGAAUUGAAAUAUGGAUUAUUUGUGAGUGCAUUGGUGGGAUUGGUGAUUUAUAUGCGAGUAGUUGUAAUGACAAGAUUGAUUGUAUUCACAUGGUUGAGAAGAUUGAUUUUUGGAGCACCACCAGAGGAUGUUUAUUUGCUUGAUUUUUUGACUUUGAAAAAAGAGAGAAAUUCAAAAAAUCUAAUUGCUCUCAUUGACACUUUGCAUGAUGUGACAAGUGUGAAAUCCAAUGAAAUUGAUCUAGUCGUUUUGGAUUGCAAAGAUGGAUCUUUGAUGAAUGAUAUUAUCAAUCACUACAUGAAGGAUUUAUGGAAAUCAUCAUCCACUCGAGUUGUAACAUUGAAUGGAAUGGGAAUUGCAAGCAUAGAAUUAGCACGUCAAUUAUUAACUAAAAAUUCAAGAGCUCUUAUUGUGACAACAACAAGUAACAAGGAUGCCACUGUUUGUUUCAUCUCGAAUAAUGCAAAAGAUGUUAAGAAGGCAAAAUAUGUGUUGGUGAAAUGUGAAUCGUCAUUCGCUAUGAGUGAUUCUUCGAACAUUGAGAGAAUUAAAAAGAUUGGUUUGAAUGCAAACAGAUAUUCAUAUAUCUGCUUUGACUUCAAACAAGAGAGCGAUUUAACCAAGGCACAAAAAGAAUUCAAACUGAGCGAAUUGGUAACAACUGCCAAUCAUGCAGCCAUUUCCAAGUUCAACACCAAUGCAACUUCAUGGAACGUAUUGGAAUUUAUUGAAAACACAAACGCAACAAAGAGGGAUGAAAUGAUUCUUCAAAUAGAUUGUUCGGAUGAAUCAAGCAGAUGUACCAGUUUGGUAUGGAGAGUAGUUUAA